AUGUUAUUACUUUACACAGAUUUUGAAUUACAAUCGAGGCCAGCAGGCAUGGCACAAGAAAUUAUUUAUCCAGAAGUUCUCGUAAUUGUCGAUUACAGCUUGAUUCGUAAGUUCAAUGGAAAAGCAAAAGAAGCCUUACUAUACAUACUCUCAUUUUGGAACGGCGUUGACAUGAGAUACAGAAGUAUCGAACAUCCUCGAGUUCGUUUGAACAUCGCAGGAAUCGUAUUUUCUCAGGAUUCCAAAGCUAUGCCCUAUUUAAUAAGUCAGGAUGGAAAAAUCAUUAGCAUUUCAGAUUCUCUCAUUGCCAAAGGGAAAUUUUUGUACCUCAUGAAGAAAUAUAUUCCCGUAGAUUCUUACGAUAUAGCAGUAACUAUGACUUCGGAUACUUUGUGUGACUUCAAUAAUUGUUACCUUCUUGGACAAGUACGGAGAAUUGGUAAAGCUUGUGACGUCAACCACGAAGAACAAACAAUGGAUAAAGUUUUGAUCAUGCGUGAUAGAGGAGGUUUCGACGGUAUCGAAACUGCAUCUCAUGAAUUGGGGCACUUGCUGGGCAUGCACCAUGACGGUACAGUAAACGCCAGAUGUCCCGAUGAACUUGGUCACAUCAUGGCACCAUCUAACAAAUUUUCCAAGUAUGCUUUCGACUGGUCAAAGUGUUCUUUAGCUAACAUGCACACUUUCUUGAGAUCUCCACAAGCUUCAUGUUUAUUCAAUAAACCUAAUCAAGGCAAAGCAAUUCACAGAUUUUUGCCGGGACAGCUAAUGAGUCCGCAUGAGCAAUGCAGAAUGAUUAAUGGAAUAAGAGCUUCCAGAAUUGACGACUCUAUUUGUACUCAACUGAAGUGUGAAUUUCCUAAUGAAGAUGUAUCUCAAUUUAAGGAUUUGAUUCCUGAGGCCGCUGAAGGAAGUACUUGCGGUAUCGGAAAGAUAUGCUUGCAUGGAAACUGUCUUUUUAAGACACAAGUUAAUUAG